GGCCGGAGCGAGGGCAGAGACAAGGAUCGGAGUGGUGGAGCAAGGGCGAAGGAGAUCCUAGUAGAGGAGGGGGAGAGCAAAGAAUAAUAGUAAUAAUUUCUGUGUAGCCCUUUGGCUAGGGACAUUGCGCUUCCUAGGCAUCUUCGCUUGGGAGAAGGCGGCGAAAGGGAGCGCAAGGACAACUUUGGUUGCUGGAUUUCUUUGGCUGGCGAGGAUGCCUUUUCUGGGCCAGGACUGGCGCUCCCCGGGGCAGAACUGGGUGAAGACGGCGGAUGGUUGGACGAGGUUUCUGGCCGAGAGGGAGAACAGCAGCGGCAGCUUCGCCAGCGAGCGGAACAGUUACUGCCGAAAAGAGGACUACAAUAAGGAGAAUAUUUUGAAUAGCAUGAACUGUGAUGUUGCUGUGAAGAAGAGAAAGAAGGACCAGCUGAACAACAAGACAAAGAUUCAGUAUUUUCACCAAGAAAAGUGGAUUUAUGUGCACAAAGGAAGCACGAAAGAGCGACAUGGCUAUUGCACUCUUGGAGAAGCGUUCAAUAGGCUGGAUUUCUCAAGCGCCAUCUUGGACUCAAGGAGAUUCAACUACGUUGUACGGCUGUUGGAGCUGAUAGCAAAGUCUCAGCUAACGUCACUGAGCGGAAUUGCCCAGAAAAACUUUAUGAACAUCUUGGAAAAAGUAGUGCAGAAAGUCUUGGAGGACCAGCAGAAUAUCCGUCUAAUCAGGGAAUUGCUGCAGACUCUGUAUCUGUCUCUGUGCACUUUGGUCCAAAGCGUUGGCAAGUCUGUCCUGGUUGGCAACAUCAACAUGUGGGUCCAUAGGAUGGAGACGAUUCUUCACUGGCAGCAGCAGCUGAACAAUAUCCAAAUCACCAGGCCUGCCUUUAAGGGCUUGACUUUCACAGACCUGCCCUUGUGUUUGCAACUGAACAUCAUGCAACGCCUGACAGAUGGAAGAGACCUGGUGAGCCUUGGGCAAGUUGCUCCAAGUCUUCAGGUGCUCAGUGAGGACCGGCUGCUGUGGAAAAAGCUUUGUCACUACCAUUUCACAGACAGACAGAUUCGUAAACGGCUAAUCAUGUCGGAGAAGGGGCAUUUGGAUUGGAAGAAGAUGUAUUUCAAGCUUGUGAGGUGCUACCCAAGGAAGGAGCAGUACGGCGAUUCUUUGCAGCUCUGUAGACACUGCCAUAUCUUGUCUUGGAAGGGCACCGAUCAUCCAUGCACAGCUAACAACCCCGAGGGCUGCUUGACUUCUCUUUCACCCCAGGACUUCAUCAACUUGUUCAGAUUUUGAAUCCCCAAGUAAUUUUCACUGUGUAAAUAUUUUGCUAUUCUGAUGGGACACUUUAUACUGCCGAACAGGCCCGCUCAACCUGUAUAAUGUGUGUAAAUAUUACAGCUUUGGAGUUCCUGAGUCAAGAGGACAAGAGGAUUUUAGGAGGCGAAGGGAGUCAUUAUUCAGUGGCAUUGAACUCUUUUUGAGAAUAUGGCCUUCCAACUGAACUGAUAAAUGUGUAAACACUGUAAAUAUGUGAUGCUUUGUAAGAAUCUGAGUGCAAGCAAUUGGGGAGGAUCCUUAUUCUGCUUAGGAAAUUCAAAUUUGUUUUGUUUGUUUGUUUUUUGCAUCCGUUUGAAAUGUCUCUUGGUUUCAAAGCCUAGAGAAAUUAAAACACCAUGAUUAGGCUAACGCUGUUCAACUACUUCCCACUCUGGGUUUUGUUUACAAUAGAUAUUUAUACCGAAGACAUUUUUAGAAUCGGUAGCUUACAAGGGCAUGGUCCUUUAUCCUUUAAGAUGAAAAGAAAAUCAAUGUAAAAUGUACACACCACACCAUUUUCUACCUCUGAAAAGCUUUGCAGCCAACCCGAUAUGCAAUGUGAAGUGUUUGUACUUUGUAGAGAUUUAAAGGGGGGAAGUUGAUGGCAAAGGUAGACUUAACCCCUUUUUUUGUUACUACUUAAGAGUCUGCUUGCUCUUUUGUUCGAAAAGCCUGGUUCUCAGAAAUUUGGAAAGGCUCCAGCAGAACAGUGGGCCUGUUGUGAUUGCUGGUAAAACAACAAACACGAAGAAGAGCUAAUGAUGGAUAUUCUGGUUGGUGUGCCACAUUACAUCAGCUCUGUGUAUUUUCUGGAGGCCUGCUGUUGCUCUCAAUCUCUCUCCAAUACAUUGCCCAAGUUCAGAUGUCACACUGGGCCCAAACUGGCUUAGCAUGAAUGCUUGGGUGUGGGAGCGGAGAUCGCAGCGGCAUUGCUCCUCCGGAGUCGUUCAGCUGCUGUGCUGAACUAAACCAUAGAUUGGAUCAUCAUGUCUUCCAAACCUAGUCUUAUGGCUAAGCUCUGUCCAGACCAGGCAUAGGCAAACUCGACCCUCCAGAUGUUUUGGGACUACAAUUCCCGUCAUCCCUAGCUAACAGGACCAGUGGUCAGGGAUGAUGGGAGUUGUAGUCCCAAAACAUCUGGAGCACUGAGUUUGCCUAUGGAUGGUCCAGACUAACCACAAGCUGUACCCUAAGGUCUGCCCUGUGGUUUACAGCUUACGGGUUGUGUGGAAGAGCUAUACCACAAGCCCGGGUUCAAGCAACAUGCGCAAGCAAGCCAUGGCUUAGCUCUCAGCAUGAUGGAGCAGCAGAAUGACCAGGGAGGAGCGAAGGAGCAGCAAUGUCGCCUUCAGCACUGGUUGACUUUGCGUACGUACAAAUACAUUGUGCUGUGAAAGUGGUGUAGCCAGCAUUGCUUUUUGCAAAGAGAUGUGGCUUGUCUGUUCUUGGGAAAGCUCUAAUGUGCAAUACAUUCUGCUAUGUAGGCUUUAAGCUCUGUGGAGCUUGAAUGUGGAAGAUCCACUCUUUGGCUGGUGCCUGUGACAUGAACCCACCUCCUCCUUCCCACACACCCCCAGAAUAAUUUUGCAACUUCCACAUCACCUGCUCUCAAACUGUAGAACCCGCUGGGAUGGGAUUAAACCUGAGGCUUUCUGUUUGCAAAGUGGAUGCCCCUAUCACUGCCCUUCUCCUUCCUUGCAGAACCAGCCCAGUAUUAAAUUAAUUGCAGAGGAAACACUAAAACUCCACCAAAGGUGGAGGACUCGCCUCUGUCCCCCUAAUAAGUGUUGAUGUUGGAUUCUGAGAAGUGUGUGGCCUAGAGAACUGUAGAUGAGCUAUUACCUUUUGCUUGAAUAAGACCACAGGCAGGUGUGUGCAUUAAGAAUGUCUAAACCCCCAUGAGGCACAUGUAUCUGUGCUUAGCCUAUGUUGGUACCACACAUGGUCUAAAGGGUACAGCUGCGCUCAAACGAGCUACAUUAUCCAAAGAACCAACAUGACAAAAGUUGCCCCGUGUCCUGUGAAAACGUUUCUCUUUGGAGCUGCUGCUCCUAUAUACUGUAUCAGGUUUGGCGCUGAAAUACAGGAUAAAUUCCUCGCACAGGGAUGUAAAAGAUUUCAAAUAAUCACAAUCAUUUUAUUGGUAUUAUUCAAAGCAGUAAACCAAAACAAAGGUACAGUCUGACAGCAGGGUACGUGCAUAAAAUACCCUUUCUUUCUUUUUGCUAAGAUUUAAAAUAGAAGAACAGGUUUUUAACAACGCUAAGGGUUGUUUAGGGGCAUUGCUGGAGCCAGGAAGUUGCGGAAAUGAAGUGAGGUUGGAAUAGGGAACUGAGAGCAGAGGCGUUGGUGGUGGUUGACGCGAGGAGUUGGUAUAAGUUGUUAUGGAACUGAUACAUUUGCCAUGUGGUUGGGUCUUUCAGGAAAUGAAUUUAGCAGCCUAUAUAGUUUAGGAGAGUAGAUGAUGGGUCUGAGUGUAAGCAGAAAGUGGCUUUUGGUAUUUAGACGAUGCGUGAAUGAAAGAGGGAGAAGAUUCAGUGGUCCCUUAGAUUGAAUGGGAUGUUGUCCCACCAACAUCCUGUCUUCCCUCAGCCAAUGCCAACUCCUUUCUUACUUGCAUCCACUGGCUAUUGGCUUCCUCCUCCAUGGUCUCAGCAUUGGCAUGAUAGAACCUUCUAUUGGGAAGGAUGGGGGCAAACCUAGAAUGAGUUGGCUGUGCCUGUCUUGGGCUCUGGCGCCACCUACUGUUAGCCUCCCUAUCUUCUGCCUUACCAGUACCAAUGGGCGCCAGCGACCACUAAAGGGAUUGCUUACAUGUGUGUGCCGAUCUGUUUUUAUUAUGAAGCCCAUUCAAAUAAAAAUGGUAGGGUAACAUUUCUGGACCUAUCGAGCAUUUCCUACAUCCAAACUAGCCUCUGGCAAACAAAUUCCCCUGGUUUAUAUUAGGAUAGGACUUUUUUUUAUUUUUACGAAAUGUUUUAUUUUUACUAGAGCACUUAUUCCACCUGUUGUUUGGGGGAGUUUUGUACGCACCUUGUAUAUAUUAUUGUUUAGCUAUUGGAUGAAUCAGAAUCUCUUUUCAUGUGUCGAAAAACAUGCAUGCAGGUGACCAAAAACCCUCAAUGGCACCUCAGGUCAUUUUGGGAGCAGUUUGGUUGGCAAGUAUGGACUCUUUGUGUAACAUAAAAUCAGAUGCUGGGGCACCUGUAGGAUGGAUACCUGUGGAUAUGUAGUACUGUACAACUUCAGACACCAAACUCCUCCUUGAGUACAUCCCAACAGUUAACUAACUUUGCCUCCGGAUUUAUCUGACCCUGGAUGGCUUAAGCUGAAACAAACCAGCAUCCUUCCAAGUGCAGUUAAGUCUCUCGUAAAACUGACGAGAUGUUCCUGGGCUUGAAACCAUCCACUUGUUGUACAGGCGGGGGGAGGGGGAGAUGUUGGCACAGAUUUCCGUGCAACCUGUCGCAAGGCUCAUUUUAAUGACCCUUCUUGCAUCUUGCCAUAAACCCAUCUAUUUAAUUGAAACCACUCUUCUCGCUAGCUGACUCGCUGGCGAAAACAAUGAGUUGCUGUCAAUGUGAUGCCUUUAUGACUUAAAGUCACGCUCCCUUUUAUUUUUUGCAGAUGAGAUUAGCUCUUUCCCCCUCCACCCCUAUUUUAGAAAAAUUGUUAAGCAUUCUGGAGUUCUGCCUAUGACAUACGUGAGGCAAAAUACUGACCAGGUUGUUUUUUGAACCCUUUUUUUUAACGUAACUGCGGUCAUAAAGACGUUUUCCAACUGGAAGUGACAAAGAGCUCCUUUAGCUUUCAGAUGCUGAUGUGUCUGGAAAAUGCACCCUUCUCAUUCCAUCGUCAGAACCGAGUCUUAUGUCUUUCGUACAGGUUUUAUGUCCAACGAACAUACAAUUGCUGGAUUUUCACCCAUUGAACAAUCUCUAUCUGUAACGUCUUAACUCUGGGAAUGUGCACUUGGAGGAGUACUGCUGCAAAAUGUAAUGUGAAGGCAAUGGGCUUGAUCCUGAUGAACUUAAGGCCCGUUGAUUUCAGGGUUAACGAACUUGGGUGCACAAUCCUAUGGUUCCUCAGUGUGUCCCAAGGGCCAUACAAUAUGGCGGAUCACGUAUUCUAUGGGCAGAGAGGGAAAUCAUCUCUCAAUAGAGGGGGUUCCUCUCAGCCGCCUUGGAAAGAACUGGUGCUAUUGCAGGCAUAGGCAAACUCGGUCCUCCAGAUGUUUUAGGACUACAACUCCCAUCAUUCCUAGCUAACAGGACCAGUGGUCAGGGAUGAUGGGAGUUGUAGUCUCAGAACAUCUGGAGGGCCGAGUUUGCCUAUGCCUGUGCUAUUGCUUCCCCUCCCCCCAAAUUGGAGCUCUGAUGGUGAAGAGGACGAAAAGGCAGAGGCGAAUUAGAGGAGGGGUGCCAUGGGUCAUUUUCCUGACAUGACCUUGGGACAGUGAGGAGUUUUCACUGGCCCUUAACUGGCUUUUCUUCUUAUUGGGAUCAAUGGAUAGGGUUUGUUCUCUUUGAGAGGAUAAAACCAUAGGUUUCCCUUCUGUAGAACAUCCAGCAAAUAGAAUGACAAUCUCAGUACACUUCCACAAAUCUCUCCCAAAAGAAUUAUCUCCCUGUUCCAGACAUAUUUUCCAGGCAUUUCUCUCCCCCCCCCCUUUAACCGCAGCCAGGAAUUGGGGAGCAAUUCGAUCCAGUUAGCAUUUAAAGGCAAAUUUGCCCCAUAUCUUGAAGCAAUACGUGAACCGGAACAAAGCCAUCUUUUGAAAUUUGCACCUUUCCGAAAUUUUGCAGUGAGAUUCUCCGGCCAAGUGAUGUGUGCGAAAAUACAUUCUGUAAGAGGAAAUUGAAUUUUUUUGGGGGGGGGUGUAUGCAUCUAUUAGGAGAAAUUAGCAUGGAAAUGAUGGUGAGUUUUCAUGAGGUUUUUUUUAUAAAAAAAAGAAUUGCAAAAUGUUGUGGAAGAGUGGAGAACUGAAUUUGAGGUUUUUUUAGAAAAGAAAGAAAACUUGGGAGAACCAAAAUGGAUAGAUUUCUCCAUCCCUGAAUGGAUGGAGGACAGCAACCUGAAGAUACAGCCAUAAGACCCUUGUAGCAUUCCUACAUCCAGGGGCCUCCAUCCUCAUGUUCAAUGGAUCUCUGCUUUUGGGUAUUUGGGAUUAGUAGCAUGUACCAGUUUGAAGAAAGCCCUCAGAACCCUUUACUCCAGAAUGACCCUGUUGGUUACCAUCAGAUCUUCUCCAGAGUACUUUGGCUGGGACUUGUGGCCGUACACCAGAGAUGAGGAACCUGUUGUCUUUCAGCAUGUCAAGGAUGAUCCAAAAUCUCCUGAAGGACGACAGGUUGCCCAUGCUUGCGCUGCACCAAAGAUGCCACGACAAAGCAUGUUGGCAUCAGCGGAGUUCAGCUGCAGCCUCUGUAAAGCAGGUCUGGUAAAAGCUCUCUGUCAUUGCCUUAUAGAAAUGAGAAUCGUUCCAUUCAUUCAGAAUCGUUCAUUGUUUGGAAACUGGGGAAAAGGGAGAGGCAUCCGUUUGGCCCUCCGGCUCCUUCUGCCCUUUUCCCUCUCACGUACUGUCUUGACAGAAAAAAGUUAUAUUUCACUCUACAUCAUGCCAAUAGGCCAGCUCAAGAAUGAAUUAUUUUCUUU